AGGAAUGACCGGUCAGUUCUCCAGAGAGCUGUUGAGGCCUGUUCUGCUGGACCACCCCCACGCUUUAUGCGUCGUCCAUCCUCAUCCUCUUUGACUUUCCCAGUCAUUUUUGACUUGGUUGGCCAGUCUCCGCGUGAGUUUGGUGGUAACACCUCCAUCAAGGACUAUGAAACAUGGGUCCAGGCGGUGUUCGAUACCAUGUUCACGACUUCAAAAACCAUCCCCCACCUCAAGGGUCAGGUAGAAAGCGAGGGCAAGUCAGCGAUGCGGAGGGUUUUGGAGGUGGCAACAUACCGAGACGAAGCUCUUUCCGCGGAGAGCCUCCGGCAGGUGUGCAAGGAAUUUGCCCUUGGCGAGCGUAAGGAUGAUUGGGAUAUACUUUUGUCCAUCGUAAAACUCAACCCCGAUGCGUUUCUGCUCUCGGAGGACGGAAAGGAGCUUCUGGACCAGAUUCUGGAAAAGACGAAAGGUUCAGAUUCCUUGACUGAUGAAGACCGGGAGGUGGCUGUCGAGUUCAUUGCCCUCCUUGCCGAAGGAUAUGCCCAAGCCCGCGACUUGUCUUCGUUUGUCAAGACCUGGCUUCAUUACCUCGAUUCUCCCAAAUCCGAAGGGAAAUUGGACCCCCUGUGGGCACAAGAAGAGCUAGCGGGUACAGUCGCGUCUUUGGUGCAAUCUUCUCUCAAUGCCAAUCAGCUUGCGGAGUUGGUAGCAUGGCUGUCGGAGCAAGAGGCAAGCGCGGCAAGGGUUUUCCUUCUUGAGGCUCUUUCUAGGGGUGUUGCUCGCGAGGAAUUUAUUGAUGCGGCAAACAUGAAGAUUUUUGAUGCUAUCAUGGCUCAGAAAGUCUCCAAGAAGGAUGCCCCUCUCAUCUCUGCUUGCCGUUGGAGUGAUGCUGCCCGGACUCUCGCUGAGGGCACGCUGGAGGAGGCCGGUCGGGUUUGGUCACGGGUCGGCUCGCACCUAAAGAAGACUUUGAAGAAGUCGGGGGUGGAUGGGGAGGAUACCUUUGCUGCGUUCGAGUGCUGUGUCGCUGCUUGGCUGUCAAACUAUCUUGAAGGUGCCGAUGAGGAGGAAACGUCUAAAUUGGUCUGCUCCUUCCUUGGGAAACUUGAGGAGGAUGCGAGCUCCGAGUCAAGGAGACGAUAUAUCUCUUGGAUUCUCGAGGAGGAGCCUCGUCUUGUCAGCAUGGUCGUUGACAAGACGGGCAAAGUACCAGGUAUCAUUCUGUCGCUUGUCAAACCCACACCUGGGGAUGACUCGGCUGGUUUGCGUCAUGCCGCCACAGUUGGCAAAGUUCUGUUGAAGGAAUGCGAUACUGGAAACCAGAAGCUCACUGAUACUCUGAUCGACACCGUCAUCAAAGUGAUUAAAGAGUCUGAGGCCGGGACGUUUCAACCAUCAACCAAGGAUGCUGUUCUGUUCCUGCUCAAUGCGCCUAUGGAAACCCUUAGCCGCAGCCAGCGGGAAGCCACGAUGAAGACGUUGACCAGCCACGUUCCACGAACCUCGAACAAGGCGGGACCACUUGGGGUAGACUACUGGGAGCCAGUGCUCUCCUUGAUGGUCAAGCUAAUGAACGAGCCAACCUUCUAUGAGGGGAUGAGCUUCAGCCAUUUGGAAACUGUUGGGGCAGUUCUUGUUUCAACGACGGGUGAUGAUGCCGAAGCUCAGCGCCUCUUCUCUUUGCUGUACGACCUGGCUGUGUUGACUAUCCGACAAAUGGCAAGCGGAAACCUUGAUUCGAGGGAGAAGACAUACCUCUCUGAUGCCAAGGCGGUGCUUCAGGAGAAGGCAGCUGAUGGCGAUACUGUCGUGCGUCUCGUUCUUCUGCGCGCCUUUCUCGCGACUGUCCAAGAGUCCAAGACUGCCCCAAGGCUGGAGAAGGCUGGUCUGGACUUCAGCGGCCUUGGAGAUGACCUAUUCCAGAUGGCUUCAUCCGUUGCGACAGCCGGCAAAUGGCGUGGAAAGAAACUACUGGCUCUUCUGUUCGCGUUGUCUGCUCUUGACAGUAUGGGACGCGAUUCUGUCAAGCAAGCGGUCGCCUCUGCCGUGAAGCCACUCGUCAAGACUAGCGACAAGCUGGUUGACGAAGGCAUCCAAGCUGGUUGGUCCAUCCGCAUGUUCUUGGCAGACCACUUCCUCGAAUCCCUCGAGUCCCCAUUCCAAAUCGAGCUCGACAUGGAGAUUUCCGAGACUGGCGAGGUCAUCGGUCCGCCCUCGAAGUCCCAAUUCUCCGCAAAUAAAUCCAACCCCUAA